AUGGAUGAUUUAAAUGAUUUGAUUUGGAGUAGUUCAAGCAGUAAACCCGCUACUACGCGUUUACAAAGCGCCACGUCGUUAAACAGUUUACGAAGUAGUAAUAAUGUCUCAGCUUCAUCUGGACUUCGAGCGUCAACUUCUACAACUGUCACAAGAGAAUCAAAUUAUUCCUCAUUACUCUCUUCAAGUCCUCCUCUUACAUCGUUUAUUCCCUUGCAACCAACUAAACCUUCUAAUUCAAGCAAUAAUACUACUAAUAACAAGAACAAAGUUUCUUCGCAAAUGAACAAUAAUAAUAGGAAUUUGUUUGAUAACCUGGUGUCUUUUAACGAUAGUAAAUCAACCUCGAAUAUUAAUAAUGCGUCUAAUAGUCUCUCAUUAAACGAGCAGCAUGAUUCAUUCGGAAAGCCAAGAUCUGUUCAAACAUCAACACCAGUAGCUAGUUUAAUAGAAAUAACGAAAAAGACUGAAAGUCAAAAGCAUGGAGAUGCCUUGUUUGGAGAUAUAUUAGAUUCUAGCAGUAAAAAUGAGAUCCCGAAAAAUCAUUCAUUGAACCAGUUGAGAUCACAGUCUUCAACGUCUCAAAGCUCUCUAUCCACGACAGAGCACCAUUGGGAUUUGGAUUUUUUAUCUGGGAAAGCGAUUCAAUCAUCACCGUCUUCAUUUAAACCCAUCGAUAAUUUGUUGGAUUUGGGCAUUGACGAAAAUAUACCAAUUUCCGCAGCGUUAUCUACAGUUAAUGUAAUUGACGACGAAGCUCAUCCUCUUGGGAUUUUGGCCGAACCUAUUAAUCGAAAAGAUUCUGAUAAUUCAUCACCUCCAAAAUCCUCGGAAAAAGCUAUUACGAACCAAUCUCAAGAAAAUUUAAUUAGUUCAACGGGGUCUCGUCCAUUAAGUUCCAAUAAUAAAGAUUCUUCAAAAGAUCAUUUAAUCGCGCAAAUUGUGGAUAUGGGAUUUACAGUUAAUCAAGCAGAAACAGCACUGGUUGCAACAGAUAGCGGACUGGAUUUAGAGGCUGCUAUCGAAAUAUUAAUUCAUCAAAAAGAAGCGGAGGAACAAGUAUUUGAUGAUCGUAAAAAUACAAAACGAUCCUCUAUUGUCUCGAGUCGACGUCGAGCAAAUACAGCAGAUUAUCGACUGCAUGAAGAUGGAGAUAGUAGCGAAGGAGGAGGGUAUAUUGCAAAUAGGCAUCAGUUGCCGAAAAAUAAGAAUCUCCAAAUCCCCAAAUCUCGAACAUACGGUAAAAGUAGCUCUGAUGGUGAAGGGAGUAGUGAUCGUUCGACUUCAUCCGUUUCUUCUUUUGCUGGUCAGGGUUUUCAUCAGCAAAAGGAAAAACUUAUAUCUUCUGCGAGUGAGUUAGGAUUAAAUGCAUUUAAAAAAGCAAGUGCAAUAUAUAAACAAUCAAGGGAAAAAGUUAAAGAGGCUUUGGAAGAUUUCCAACAAACGCCACCAGCUUCUGACGGGAGACCGAAAUGGUUACAGAACACUGAUCUAAUUGAGUCUGAUGACGAUGAUAGUGAUAAAAAUGAGAAUCCCAUAUCUUUUUCGAAUUUUAAAAAAUUUCAGGAUGUUUAUGAAGAUUCUAGCAGCGAAGAAGAUAAAAAAAAACCGCCUUUAAUUCCUAAUACUAGGCCUGGAAUUCCAUCAUCAAAAUUAACUGAGAUUGAUGAUUCAUAUGAAAAGAGUCAUAAAGUUAAUUCUUUAUCCAAAAAAUUUUCAAAACCUGAUCCACCGUCACGUUCCACAAAACCAAUUACAACAGAUUUACACGAUUCAACUUAUGCUCGACAUCAACAACUUGCUUCUCAAAAAUCUAAAAUAUUAAUUAAUACAUCAGAAGCAACUUAUGUGUCGCCUGCACGACGUCUUCCUCCGACUCCUGCAAAGGUCCCUCGAAUUCAUGCUCCAUCAUCUGCACCACCGCCAUCAAAGUCUCCAAGGCCAGUAAUAUAUGCAACACCGGAAAGUAUGCGUACUUCUGAAAUUCAUCGAGCAAAAGGCAAUGAAUUAUUUAAACUUGGUCAAUUUGGAGAAGCGGAAAAAUAUUAUUCAUUAUCUAUUGAUUCUCUCCCAUCUAAACAUCUAAAUCUUGUGCUUUUACAUAAUAAUCGUGCCGCUGCAAAGCUUAAAAACGGUGAUCAACGUGGAUGUGCACAGGAUUCUUCGUUAGCACUCAUUCUAAUUGAUGAUUUCAAUUUACCACCGCCGUCAGGUGUUGACAUUAACUUGAAAGAACAAUAUUUAAAAGCAUUGUAUAGACGAGCUUCUGCUUAUGAAGGAAUGGAAAAAUACGACGACGCAAAGAACGAUUAUGAAAAGUUGAUUAUUUCAUUUCCUGUGGAUAAUUCGAAGAACUUUAACGAUGGUCUUCGAAGAUGUCAAAAAGCUCUCAAUAUGCUAUCAAAAGGAGAUAUCAAUAAAAAUUUCGAAUCGACUUCUUUAAAUUCACAGAAUUUGUUGAGUAAUAAUAAUAAUCAUGGCUUAAAAAUAGAGUCUUCAUUUACACAAUCGCUCUCACCAAGCACUUUUGGGGCUCCUAUAAAUUCUUUUGGAUUUGUUGACCCGAGUGCCGUCCAUUCCACAACACCCUUUUCCCCGUCGUAUUCCACAAAUUCAGAAAUUAAUAAUAGUCCUGCAGUCGCAAAACUUCGUAGUCAAGCUCGACAACAAGAAAUUGAAGAUGUAGAAAAAUUAAGAUUAAAAGAUCAAGUUGAUCAAAAAAUAUUUUUAUGGAAGAGUGGCAAAGAAACAAAUUUGCGUGCAUUAAUUAGUAGCUUGGAUAUGGUACUUUGGGAUAGUCUGGGAUGGCAAAAGAUUGGAUUGCACGAAUUAGUGACGCCUUCUCAAGUAAAAGUGCGCUACAUUAAGGCUAUUGGGAAAGUGCAUCCAGAUAAAGUUUGUAUUCUCUUAUAA